AUGGAUCCGAACCAGUUUGGGAAACGUACUGUUGGACUAAAUGUUGGACUCGAUGAAAGCUUUGUGGUGAAGCCUAGACGUUAUUCGUGGCAAGAAGUGGUCGAUUGCAACCAACAGGAGCAGAUUCUCAACACCGACAUGGCCAGAAAUGCUAUUUCCGCGUUGGAUAUUAUAAUUGCCAUUUUGAAUGAGGAGGUCAGAAGAGUCAGACAAUAUAUCCCAAAGGUCUCCAUCGCCGAACUUCUCAAUUUGGCCAAAACGAAAGUCCCCAAAUUUAAGUUACAAUCAUUCAUCGAGUUUAUUCGAUGGUUCACAGGAACGUAAGUUGCUUAAGUUCUCGUUCGUUAUUUAGAAUUGUCUAAUUUAAGGCCUAACAGAAUGCUUCAAGGAAAUGAAGUGAAUAUAGAUGCGGCCUUGGUCAAGUUGGACUCAUCUGAGGACUUUUCGAACUCCUUCAGCGAUGAUGAUGACGAAUCGAUGCAUGCUGCCUCAACUGUCUGUUCUCUGGCCAAUGAUAAGAAGAUAAAUGAAUUGGAGGCCCAGUUGAAUGAGUUGAAGCAAACUUUAAAACUGAUUAUGGAUCAGAAAGGAGUUACACCUCCAACCCCAGAAGUUGCUAAAGUAACUUUUAUUUUUUUGAUUUGAUAUUCUUUUCAUUUUAGUCUAAACCUGGAGUCAUUCCACCUGUUAGUAAGGUUGCCCCUCCACCGCCACCCCCUCCUCCGUUUUUAUUGAAAAAGAAAUCUUCCCCUGUGGCUACUGUCAUCCCAACGCAACUUUCUAGUCCAGAAGAAAGUGUUGAUGAGGUAAGAAUAAAAAUUUGGUAACCCAAAGUGUUAAUUUAGAAUAAUCCACCGGUCCCAGUUCCCAGAAUUGGGCUCAAUUUCCUGGAGUUGGGCUCCGUGAAGCUGAAAAAAGUUGCCAGGUAAGGGGCGCUUUAUUAUUUCACUGAUUUAUUGUUGUUGAAUUAUUUGCUUGAUCUUAGAACUCCUGGUGGAACGCCGAUCCGACAUCUGUCGCAAUCACAAGAUCGAGAGGAUAUCGCCGGAUGUUUGGCGAAAGCUUUGAAACAAAAAUUCAGAAAUACGGGGGAAACGGAAGAGAACUGCAACGAUGAUUUGAAUUCGGAUGAUGAUUGGGGGGAGGAAGAGACUCAGGGCCUGAAGUCGUAG